GCGCGGCGCUGCGCUCGGGCAGUCGCUGGACACCCAUUAAUGUCAUAGCCCUCGGGUGGAGGGAGCGGCCGGCCGGGAAGUGCAGCGCCUCCUUCAGCCGGCAAACCCGACAGUCAUUUGGGUAACAGAAAUUCGUCCUUACAGAAUUCGCAAAUCACUGCAAAAUUUGAGCUUGAAACCAGUAAGACCAGUUUGGAAUAAGUGAUUCUGGUGAUUAAUUAGGACAUGGCAAAUCGGGGAGGUGCAGUGAGACCCAAUGGACCAGCUGCUGCUAACAAAAUCUGCCAGUUCAAGCUAGUUCUACUUGGGGAGUCUGCUGUUGGAAAAUCUAGUUUAGUGCUUCGCUUUGUGAAGGGGCAGUUCCAUGAAUAUCAAGAGAGUACUAUUGGUGCUGCAUUUUUAACUCAGACUGUCUGCCUCGAUGACACAACGGUAAAAUUUGAAAUAUGGGACACAGCAGGACAAGAAAGAUAUCACAGCUUGGCCCCCAUGUACUAUCGAGGAGCACAGGCUGCUAUAGUAGUUUAUGACAUCACAAAUGAUGAUACUUUUGCACGGGCCAAGAAUUGGGUUAAGGAGCUACAGAGGCAAGCAAGUCCUAACAUUGUAAUAGCUUUGGCAGGGAAUAAGGCUGAUCUUGCUAACAAGAGAACAGUGGAGUUUCAGGAAGCACAGUCCUAUGCAGAUGACAACAGCUUAUUAUUCAUGGAGACAUCUGCAAAGACUUCAAUGAACGUGAAUGAAAUAUUUUUGGCAAUAGCAAAGAAAUUGCCCAAGAAUGAGCCUCAAAAUACAGGACCAAACAGUGGAAGAAGCAGAGGUGUAGAUCUUCAUGAACCCACCCAACAGACCAAGACCCAGUGCUGUAGUAACUAGUCCUGUUUCUAAUGCAAAUCUGUCUCCCCAGUGUCCAUUUCACUACUGCUUUGUAAUGGAAAAUCCUAAAUUAACAGAUUGCUCUCAAUCCCAAUUCUUAGUGGGGGAAAAUAAUUACAUUUCUAAUACAAAAUUGAUCUCUUAACUUUUAAAUUGAAAAAUAGUCUUCUCUUCAAUUGGCAGAUGUAUGCAUUGCUCAAUACAAGCAUAAUGUUUGCCAUCUGUAGGGAUGGGCUAAUGAAACAUUAAAAGCCUGCUUAAAUUGAUGAUUCACUCUAAUGUAACAAUUGAAAUUUGUAGCGUUAACUGUAUCCAAUUGCUAACCAAGCAAUGACCAUUUGGUUAAUGCUCAAUUGUGUUUAUAUUGGAUGUACAGUAUAUAAUUAAAACGCCUUAAUCUAAAAUUAUUUAUUGGAAAUAAUUUUAAGGUAUUAAGUUUCCUUCAGCAAUCUGGUCUGCAAAUAAUUUGGCAGGUUGUGUAAAAGUUGUACCGCCCUUGCACUAACAUUUUCUCAUAUAUUCCCUCAUUAUCAUUACUUUGAAAUUACUCUGGUCCAUUUUCUUGUAAAUAAGGUAUUAUGACGUGGUCUGUAUUUACAUAAACUUAUCGGACUGCUCUGGUAGGAAACCCGUAUUUGGAAAAAAAAUCAUUAAAAAUACUGAACUAAUUAAGCAGAUCACAAGAUUUGCUAUAGAAAAGUUAUAAACUUUAUAAUUAUGAUAUAAAUAUGGCAUAGGGCACUCUACAAUUGUAUGUACUGUAAGUAAUGACCAUGUAUUCCUUAAGUAAUUUUUUCCAGCGUUCCUAAAUGUGUAUUUUUUGUUACAGAAUGUUUUCUUUUUUCCAUUGUAAUGCACAAUUUUUUGUAGUUAGUUUGCAGUAUUGUUGAUAUAUUCUAAAAGGUGAAUUAACUAAUAAACCAAUAGCACAACAUGUAAAAAUAAUGCCAUUGCAUUAAAAUGAAAUGCCUAGCAAAAGGAGAAAGGGUAAUGGCUUUGCAUUUAACAAUGGGCAAACUAAUUAAUUUUUUAAAAUGCAAUAAUCGAGAUAGUAGUGGUAAUCUGACAAACUCUUCCUCCUUUGGCUCAAUCCAUGUAAUGCAAUUUCAGACUAAAAAUUAACAGUCACAGGUUUUUGUAUUUAUUCACCUGUUAGAAAUUGGAUGUGUCUAAUCAGUUUGUUAAAAUGUGUAAAUAAAUAUAUUCAAAAUG